GUAGUGUAGUUAGUACCACGAUACCUGACUAUAAAAACAAUUGGAUGUCGAUUUAACAGAAGUUGUGGAAAUCAGUUCAGUUUGUCGUUGAACAUUGAGGCGCGAACGUUGAUAAAAGUGAACGUAAAUAUUCGCAAUAUCAACUCCAUAAUUAUGUAGUAUUCUUUACUAUUUAAGAUUUUCAUCCGUUUGGCGAAUCUACCAAAAAAGUAUCUCGUUUUCGGCGAUAAUAACAGUGUGUCAUUUCUACUGGGGAAAUUAAGAGAUUCUCGAUGUAUAAUCACAAUUCUCAAGAAUACUCACAAGGUCUUCAAAGUGAGAAAUCAGGCUACGACAAUGCCUCAUUCACUGUGUCGUCGCCCGAUAUUUCUCCAAUUAAGAGGCACAGUGCAUAUUUGGGAAACAAUAAUUUUGAAGUGUUGAAUGGUUCUGCGAAAUCAUUUGGAAAUGUAUUGAAAGAUGUGUUCCCAUCGACCAAGGAAAAAAUCAAGAAAGCAUGCACGAAAAAAAUGUUAUACAGGAGGGUACCCAUUCUCGAUUGGUUACCAAGAUAUGACGGAGCAUGCGCAGUAGGCGACUUCGUUGCAGGAAUCACAGUUGGACUUACUUUAAUACCUCAGGCACUGGCUUACUACAGCAUUGUUGGUCUUCCUCCACAAUAUGGUUUAUACAGUUCUUUCGUGGGAUGCUUCGUGUACAUCAUUUUCGGAAGUUGUAAAGACGUUCCAUUUGGACCCUCUGCCAUUAAUGCCUUACUGACUGCUCAGGCAGUCAAAGGGCGAGGACCCGAACAUGCAAUACUCCUUUGUUUCCUGAUCGGACUGGUUCAAAUUUUAAUGGGCCUUUUGGGGUUGGGUGAGUUACACAUAUAUGAUGAUUUUCCAAAUUUCAGUUUAUAUUUUUCCCUUCACAUGUUGUUCUGCAUAUUGAAACGAACGCUGAUUUGA